AUGGAAUUAUUGAUGAAUCUGCUUAAUGCGUUCUUCAGAUGUGAUGAUUUCAGGCAAAAUUCUGUUUUCGAGGGUCAUACUGUUAAAAGAAUAAGAUUUUCAAUCUGUUGGUUACCUUGGAUCAUUUCAGGGUUAAAAGAUGGUAAAUGUGUUGUCCUUGCAGCUUCCAUUACAAGUAAAUCUGGAAAAGCACUUUUAUCAAGACAGUCUGUAAACAUAAGUCGGAUAAGAGUUGAAGGACUCCUGGCAGCUUUCCCAAAAUUGAUUGGAAUGGGAAAGCAGCACACCUACGUUGAGACUGAUGAUGUUCGCUAUGUCUAUCAGCCAAUAGAAACCAUUUAUUUGAUUCUCUUGACAAGUAAACAGAGCAACAUAUUAGAAGAUUUGGAGACUUUGAGAAUGCUUUCAAAGCUCGUACCUGAAUAUGCAUUUUCAUUAAACGAAGAAGGGAUUUGCAAGAUGGCUUUUGAGCUAAUUUUUGCAUUCGAUGAAGUCAUAUCAUUGGGGCACAGAGAAAAUGUCACUGUCACACAGGUUAAGCAAUUCUGUGAGAUGGAAAGUGAGGAAGAGAAAUUGCACAAAAUAGUGUUGCAGAACAAAAUCAAAGAAACAAAAGAAAUCAUGAAGCGCAAAGCAAUUGACAUCGAUAAGAGCAAGGCUGAGAGUAAUAGAGGUGGGAACGGAAGUUUUAUGUCUCUACAAUCAAUGGGUUCUGUAUUAAUCGAACGUUCUUUGGAUGAUCUCAGCAUAUCAAGUAGCAACAGUGGAUCUGGAAAUGCCUCUGGGCUUUCAGCAUUUGGAUCGAGUACUGAUCUGUACUCCUACUCCAACCAGCCCAAAGCUCCUACUGCUACAUUUAAGGGUCAAGGAAUGAAGCUUGGGAAAAACCAAAGAACAAAUCUGUUCUUGCAGUCCUUGAAAGCCGAAGGUGAAGAAAUAAUUGAGGACUUGCAGCCAAGUUUGAUUAAAUCUAGGGCCGUUGUUCCACCACCCUCUGAUCCAGUUACCCUAGUUGUUGAGGAGAAGCUUUUUGUGAAACUCAAAAGAGAUGGUGGGCUUGCUAACUUUGAUGUUCAAGGGACUUUGUCACUUCAAAUUCUUGAGGAGAAAGAUGCGUAUCUCCAUGUUCAGGUUGAAUCUGGAAAGAAGCCAAGCAUACUAUUCAAAACACAUCCUAACAUCAACAAAGAAUUGUUCUCCAAUGAAAGUAUUUUAGGGCUCAAAGAUCCUAAUAGGCCUUUUCCUACUGGCCAAUCUGUGGAUGGCGUUGGCCUUUUGAAAUGGAGGAUGCAGAGUUUGGAUGAGUCAGCUAUCCCAUUAACAAUCAGUUGUUGGCCUAGUGUCUCUGGGAAUGUAACUGAUGUUAGCAUCGAGUAUGAAGCAUCAUCCAACUUUGAGCUUCAAAAUGUUAUCAUAUCAGUGCCUCUUCCAUCACUCAAAGAGGCCCCAAAUGUGAGGCAGAUUGAUGGUGAAUGGAGGUAUGACUCCAAGAAUUCAGUAUUUGAAUGGUCCAUAUUAUUAAUUCAUAACUCUAACCGUAGUGGAUCAGUGGAGUUUGCUGUUCCUGCUGCAGAUUCAUCAGCAUUUUUCCCUAUCUCUGUGCAGUUUUCCACUAUGAAUACAUUCAGUGGAUUAAAGGUUGUUAAUAUUAUGCCACUAAAAGGCGGUUCGCCACCCAAAUUUGUCCAGAGAGCCAUGCUUUGGGCAGAGAAUUACACUGUGGUUUGAUCAGGCAAGGUAGUCUUACAUAUAUGUGACUUUGCAGCUGUAUUUUCGACAGAUGCUUAUCGUCGGGCUUAUUUGCACAAUGCUAGCUCUUGGUUUUUACUUCCCUAGCUUGAGCACAAAUUUGUUUUUGUUCCUUAAGAAUUGCUCGUCGACUGCAACUCUGCAAGUAUGACCUUCCAUCCUAAAAUGACUUUUUUUUGCAGCACAAGUUUUGGAAUACAGCAAUUGACUUUUGAAUUGCAAAAAAAAUCCGGUCAAUGAUAUUUCUUCCAUAAGUUACAAUUACUUGGAUUUUUGUUGGAACGUCUAAGUUAAAUAACUUGACAAUGUAGAAAAAGUUCCCUUUGCGCUGUCUUGGAACUUCUUAAAUAGU